GCGGCCCUUCUCCGGACGCGCGGGCUGGUCAGUGAGCAGGCUUUCAGGGCAGUAAAGCCGGAGUUUUACCUCACGGGCGGCUCCCGCGGCAGCCACCGCAGGCAAAAGCGAGGAGCUUCCCCGCUCCUCUCCACAGUGCAGGUGGCAUGGAGGGACCGAGGCUGAGCGGCUGCUGCCGGCUCGGCGGUCUCGGCUAUGCAGCCCUGGCCCGAGGCGGGGAGAGGGCUCCUCACGCGGGGAAUGCCCUCUCCCGAGCCUGGAGGGCAGCGAUCAGUACCUUCGGCCCCCCAGGCGCUGUGUGAGGGCGGGGGGAGAACGCCAUCCGCUGUCCCUCGCUUUGCCUCCGCGCCCCGCCCCGGGCACGCAGGUGCUGGACGGGGGUGGUCUGUCCGCUGUGCCAUGGCAGGGGUUGCGAAGGGAACCCCGGAGCGCCCGGUGGAGCAGGAGGAGGAUUACAGGCUCUCAGUUUGCAGCAAAAUAUGCUAUGCAAUAGGAGGUGCCCCAAAUCAAGUGGCAGGGAGUGCUGCUGCUUUCUUCCUCCAGAUCUACCUCCUAGAUAUAGCCCAUAUAACUCCAUUUCAUGCGUCUCUGGUGCUGUUCAUUGGCAAAGCCUCAGGUGCAGUUACUGAUCCCGUUGCUGGCUUUUUUAUUAGCAAAAGUAGAUGGACAAAAAUUGGACGGCUUAUGCCUUGGAUGCUGGCAUGUACACCCUUCACAGUAAUGUCCUACUUUUUUAUGUGGUACCUGCCUCCUUUUGUAUCAGGAAGAGUUGUAUGGUACCUGACUUUCUACUGCCUUUUCCAAGCACUGACCACAUUAUUCCAAGUACCGUACUCUGCCCUCACCAUGUUUCUCAGCACAGACCAGAAGGAGAGAGAUUCUGCAACAGCGUACCGAAUGACCAUGGAAGUGCUUGGGACCUUGAUUGGAGCUGCAGUUCAGGGGCAGAUUGUGGCAAGUGCUCAUGUCUCCCAUCACUGCACUGUGAAUCCCCCAGUAAACACAACUGACUCCUGGCAUGACACUCCCAGCUUUCCAGACCCCUCAGAUCCCCUGUCUCAUCAAGCAAAAGUUUAUUUGAUUGCAGCAGGGGUCAUAGGAAGUGUGUAUCUUCUUGGAAUUAUCAUUCUUUUUCUUGGAGUAAAGGAAAAAGAUGAUCCUUAUGCCUUAAAUUCAGACAGAGCAAUUCCUUUUUGUAAGGGGCUUGGACUCACCAUGAAGCACGGUCCAUACGUGAAGCUUACAGCUUCAUUUCUUCUCAUCUCGACAGCAGUUCAGUUGGAGCAGAGCAACUUUGUCCUAUUCUGCACUCAUGCUGCUGAUCUUCGCAAUCACUUCCAGUAUUUGGUGGUGACCAUCUUGGUAUCAGCAGCUAUGAGCAUUCCUUUCUGGCAGAAGAUUCUGCAGCGAUUUGGCAAGAAGUGUGCAGCAUGUGGGAUUUCGUGGAUGAUUCCUUUUGCAGUCAUGCUAGUCACCAUUCCAAACCUCAUCCUGGCUUACUUCGUGGCCUUUGUCUCUGGUCUGAGCAUCGCAGCAUCUCUUCUGUUGCCAUGGUCAAUGCUGCCUGAUGUUGUUGAUAACUUUCGCCUGCAGAAUCCUCAUGGAAAAGGAUAUGAAACUAUUUUCUAUUCUUCUUAUGUUUUCUUUACCAAGAUGUCAGCAGGAAUUGGCUUAGGAAUUUCUGCAGCAGGGCUGGAGUUUACUGGAUACAAGCCAGGGACAUGCAGACAAUCCAACGAUGUGAUCCUUACACUGAAAAUCCUCAUUGGAGCAGUCCCUGCUAUCCUCAUCCUUGUAGGUUUAUUUAUACUUCUUUUCUACCCAAUCACUGAAGAAAGCCGGAGAGAAACAAAGCUUGCGCUUGAGGUGUUAAGGAGGAGCCAUCAAAGCACAGAGAACCUGGACAAAGAGGACACCUCAGUCUGAAAGCUCUGAAUAUGAUGACUUUCCAAAUACAGUCUCACAUCUCACUCUGUGAGAGUCUCCUAGGUCAUUUCUCUGCUCACAUUUUAUCAAACAGGAUAAAGGAGGAUUCUGACACAGUCAGAAAUUAAAUGAAGAGAGAACACCACCGUGCAAAAGAGAUAUCUAACUCCAUGUACUGUGCUAAAAAAAGACAUUACAAAUGUUCAGGAACGUGAGCUGUUGAAGGCUUGGGGUUUUUUGUUUGUCUUUCAGUGAUUAAUGGAAAGCUGUGAUCUCACUGCAACAGGAGAUUCUAUGGACUUGUAGCUCAGGGAAAAAGGUGUAAAUAUUAUGCACCACCCAAAUUUUAACUCGUGUGAUACAUUUCACUCUUAGAGGCUGGGAUGGAUUUUGAACAUAAUUUCUGCUUAUAAAUUGCACACUAGUGUGUUUGGAAAGCACUUGGGAAUACUAAAGUGUACUAAAGUUAGGAUUUAUUUUGUUUUGAAAUGAGGCAAAUCACUGAUGCAGACAUGUUUUGAGGAAUUUCUCACAGUUCUACUGAAAGAGAUUUUGAUGUAAUUUAUAAGUUGCAUACAUAAGUUUAUAACUUACAUGAGUUUAUAGUUUUUAUAAGAAACAGAACCUUACAUUUCCCAUUACUGGAGUUCUUUGCUUCUGAAACCUGUAAACUGAUCUUUGUCAGAGAAUGAGUACGGAACAUUUUCAAAUCACCAUCUUCACUCAGGAUACCCACAAUCAGUAGUACCUUCCCAAAAUUCUGAGAAUAAAGGCCAUUCAAUUUUCUGGCCUUUAAAUAAUCAUGAUAGUCACCCAUUUCUCAUGUGAUGUAGGCUUUGUGCCUCACAAAACACCAUGACAUGGCUGUUAAUCUCAUCUUGCACAGUGUUUUAUAGUAAUUACACCUGGCUUUUAAAUGGUGAUUUUUUUUCAGUUGGGGAUGUCAUCAUGCUUUAGAUACAUUACCUGAAAAUUCAUUUCUGCUAUAGAUUCUGAACCCUGCUGAUUCUGAACACUGUUGAACCUAUUUUAUAGAUGAAAGACCUACCUAACCUCAGGCACUUUCUGGAGCACUUCAGUUCAGACUGGUCAUUCCAGGUUUCUUCCAUAGAGAAACAGAGACCUCCAGAGGCUGGCUCCAAGCUUAAGCUAAAAUGAUUGGACUCUGAAGACAUAUCUAUAUCUAGAGGGGAGAGUGAUGAAUCCAAGAGUUGAAGGCUCAUUCGCCUUGAAGACAUUAGCACUAUGCAAGAUGAGACACGAAUUUACAGCUCACUGGCUUCAUUCUCUGAGUAUGUGGGAGGGUGCCUUUACUUUGUACUGAAGUGCCUUUGGCUUGCUGCUGCUUGGGAGCACUUGCAGCGAGUGUCACUGGGGACAGUGACCACAAGUAAUUCGCUCAGGGCCAUCUGGGAAGUGACUCACAGUGCUGGGACUGGAAACUGAAAGCUUUACUGAAAGAAACUGUGAAGUAUAAUCAGUGCGUCCACUGCGUGUCUCAUUAAGUUUAAUUCUGAAACCUUUUCAGGCAAGUUUGAAGUCUAAGGCCUAAUGAACUGUCCUAAUUCAGCAAAACAAUUAUGAGUGACCUUUUAAGGAUAUAUUUUGAGUAUGUGUGGGUAAAAGUUAACUGUGUUUAAGACUUCUGCUGAAUUGACAUCAAAGACUGGGUUUUUUUUCCUUGUUUCGGUUCUUGGACGAAUCAAGAUUUGUAUGCCUGGGGCAUAUGUGUUUACAACAAUAAAAACCAUAAGCCUGUUUACAAUUUUGAGUCUGAUGGAAUUUGAAAUAGCAGAUUUACUGCACUUUGAAGUAGGUAAAUUAUGUAGUAAUCUCACAUAGCUCCAAAACAUCAUAGAAAACAGCUUUGGGGGUUUGAUUUAUUCUGUAAUAUUUGUGCAUUUCUGAAUAGCCAUCUUUAAAAACAACCAGAAGUCCCAGUAAAGGCUGUUAAUGUUUUUAAUGCGUUAUGUUUUCAGCUGCUAUAAAUCUGUAGCUACAAGGCAGUGGAUCUGUGUCAGUUUAUGUAAGUCGAAUACUUAGCCCAGUGAUAAAAGGGUUGCAGAAACUGCUGGCUGUGCUUGAUUGGAGUCAUUUCAGUGUGGCUUAAGAUAGUAUUUCUAGAUCAGUUGUGCAAUUGCUUCUAAAUUGCACAAUGCCCUACCUGAAUUCAGUCACUUGUAAGGUAAACUUGGUUGAUUGUAAACUGUUUUCUUCUGUUCCACAGAGACAAUGUGAUACUUAAUCUCACCAAGAUGUACUCAGUCCUCACUUUGUAUAUGGUAUCGAUAAUGGGAACUGCCUAAAUAAAAUGGAAAGCCUCCAUAGAUGAAUUUUAUCUUUUGAACAUCUCAUUAUUUUAUUUAUCAGAGUCAUAUUUUUGUUAAGAAAAUGAAUGUAUUUUUGUAAGUAAAAAGAAUGGAAGAGUAA